UUGCAAAUUUCCACACUUGAUAAUAAACAAUGUUAUCUAUCAUCAGAAAAUCUCAUGACCUUGAACUACGGCAAUCUUGCUAUGAGUGAAGGAUUCUAUUCACCUACAGUUGCAAAUUCUUAAUUUUCUGGUAAUACUGUUGAGUUACAGGUAACUUACAAUUGCCAAAUCUACAUAUCCCUGGAACCACUCCCUGGUAGCACAAUUGGGUUGGCAUGUACACUCACCCACACACACAGACACAGAAACACAAACUCACAAAUCAUUAAUUUCUGUUGAUCGUAUCCCAUGAACAAUCUAUUAAUCCCAAAGCUCUCCUUGGUGAUCUAGGUGAAAUCUCAUGGACAACACCAUGUUGGUGGCCAACAACACCAAAUGGUCAGAUUUCAUUCUGAUGGGAUUCUUCAGUGAAUCCAAGCACCCAGUUCUGCUUUCUGUGGUCAUUUUUGUGGUUUUCCUGAUGACCUUGUUUGGAAACACCAUCCUGAUCCUUCUGGUAUACUCUCAAGCCCACCUCCACACCCCCAUGUACUUUUUCAUCAGUCGACUGUCUCUCAUGGACAUGAUGUACAUUUCUGUCACCGUCCCCAAGAUGCUGAUGGACCAGGUCAUGGGUGUGAAUGAGAUCUCAGCCCCUGAAUGUGAGAUGCAAAUGUUUCUGUAUCUGUCACUAGUAGGUUCAGAAUGUUUCCUUCUAGCUGCCAUGGCCUAUGAUCGCUAUGUGGCCAUCUGUCAUCCACUCCAUUAUCCUAUUCUCACGAACCACAGGGUAUGUCUGCUUUUGGUGUCUUGCUGCUGGUUCCUAGGGUCAGUGGAUGGCUUCAUGCUCACACCUGUCACCAUGACCUUCCCCUUCUGCAGGUCCCGGGAGAUCCAUCAUUUCUUCUGUGAGGUCCCUGCUUUAAUGAAGCUCUCCUGCUCAGAUACCUCUCUCUAUGAGAUGCUCAUGUACCUGUGCUGUGUACUCAUGCUCCUCAUCCCAGUGAUAGUCAUUUCAAGCUCCUAUACUUUUAUCCUCCUCACCAUCCACAGGAUGAACUCAGCAGAGGGGUGGAAGAAGGCCUUAACCACUUGUUCUUCACAUAUGAUGGUGGUCACCCUCUUUUAUGUGGCUCCGGUCUACACCUACAUGUUCCCCAGCUCCUACCACACACCUGAGAAGGAUAUGGUUGUAUCUGUAUUUUUCACCAUAAUCACUCCUUUUCUAACCCUUUAA